CCCGCGGGGCCAUGUCCCUUGGUCACCAGGAUAGGGCCAAAGUAGAUUGCAUAGCCAUAUCCUGCCCGCUUCCCAGUGCACAGAUGCAACCAUAAAUGAAGAGCUGACGACGAUCUGGACUCAAGUCUACGUGCGAGUACUGGAGCUCGCAGGCGGUGACGAGAGCCAGAUCCAGCCGCUUAGUAUAAAGGAAGUCUUAGCGCAACUCGACGGCGUGCAGAAGAAGGCUGCGGAAGGCAGUGAGAGAAGAGAACGCGUGCGAACGGUGUUCAAUCGUACGCUGAGUGUCGUCCAGGCAGUCGGAGGUGUGGCAGCUGGCGCUGCGUCGCAGGUAUUCGGCCCGACAGAGCUCUGCUUUAACGCCCUCAGCUUCAUGAUCUCAGCAUGGCAAGGCUACCAAGCGAUCUUUGAAGAGCUAGCAAACUUGCUCUCACAAUGCGCUGAGUACCUCGAGCGGCUGGAGUACCAUAUCCGCGCCGGUAUGGACACGAAUCUUAGCCGGGUAUCGGCGCAGCAUUUGCUGCUAUUCGUGGAGAUAUGUUCGCGGACGGUCCGGCUGCGAUCGAAACGGACGAAACUUCUUGCCUUUACGAAGAUCUUUUUCAUGCAGGAAGAUAUGGUUGCUGAUCUGUUGGAUCAGAUGCAGCGAUUAGUGGAUAAGGAGAAUCGGCUCGUUGGGGCGCAAACGUUGGCGCUUGCUGCGGAGGCGGCGGAGGCGAGCCAGGCGGCAUUGGCUGUUACGCAGGGACUGGUUGAUACAUUGACGAGAGAGAAGGAUACGACUAGCAUGAAUCGGUUGCUGUUAAGAACUCUUGGGUUUGAUGCGUCGAAGAUGGACGAGCGGACGCAGGAGCCGGAGGCGUCCUGGACGACAAUCCACAGGAAUUACAUGCGACGUCGGAUUAAAGGGACGGGGGAGUGGGUGUUCGAGGAACCGCUCUAUAGAGCUUGGUUCGCUGGAGAGGGUGCGCCAAUCCUAGCGAUAGAAGGCAAAGAAGGGUCUGGAAAGAGCUAUCUGGCCUCGACAAUUAUAUCAUGGCUGAAGCAGCAGCGAGCCGCCGGUGCAAGAACUAAAAGGAUCUCAACGGCAUUCUAUUUUGUCGAAGGGGACUCGCGCGAGGAGUUGAAAAAAGCGACAAACCUGGAAUCUGUAGCAAAGAGCCUCGUUUGGCAGUUUGCGCAGGCAGAAAGACGGUAUUUAAAAUCUGUGACAGGAAUAUGUGAACGGAUGGGCGAGGUCGACCCACGAGAUAUCUCAAAGCACCUACUUUUCUGGAACGAGGAUCUAGUGCAUAUGGACGUCACCUUUUACAUCGUCAUCGAUGGUCUGGGCGACGCUGUUGGCGAGGGCAUGAUUCGUUUCCUGGCACGGGCAUCAAAACUCAUACAUGGUCGAGAAACAAGGGUCCUUGUGACUGGAGAUCCUCGCUGCUUUGAUCAGCUGGCGCAGCAAGAAGGCAUCAAAUUUGACCGGAUGACAAUCGAGCAGCGGAACGCUGGCGACGUGCAACAGUAUAUCAGUCGUCGAAUGGACGAUAUGCCAGCGUUGAGGAUUGGCACACGCCGUAAAGGGAUUACCUGUCUCCGAAGACGAAUCCAGGAGCGACUGGCAGAACAAGCCAAAGGCGAUUAUCUUACCAUCGACACGGCGCUAGACACGAUCCAAGAAUGCGAAUAUGUUGCAGACAUCGAGAGGGCUCUAGACUCUGCAGGUCGUGAAAGAUCGGAGCAGAUAUUGGAAGAGAUCAGGCACUUGAAUGAUCAGUUGACAGAAGGUGAGAUCGCAGAAGUCAAUGAAAUUGUGCGCUGGAUCGUGUACGGAGCUGAACGUCUUACUCCUUCGCAAUUGAGUGCUGCUCUGGAUCUCCGGAGAGGUCAGCCCUCUCUCCUGCCUUUAGAGGACAAAAUAAAGAGCAAGUACCGGAUUUUUGAAGUUGAUCGCAUCGGAAGAGUCGACUUCAGGUCGACGGAUAUCGAAGAGUUGAUCCGGAGGGGAUACCACAGCUCUCGAUUACAGAAGGACGAUGACAAUUUCCAAGACCACGGGAUAACUCCUGAAGAGAGCGCUAUGGUGCAGCAUUUCUUGCGCACUGUGUGCCCACCUGAAGUAUACAAGCGUCUGAAUCUGGACGCAUAUCUAGAGCAAAAGCAGCAGCGUCGUAACAAAGGCGCCCUCCGUUGCGAAGAUCAACACACCGGCCAAACUCUCAUGGCGUUGGCGUGUCUUCGUGUGCUAAACGGUCCGAUAGAUCCGCAACGCAGCUUGCUGCUGCCAUACGCCUAUUCAUAUCUCGUGCAGCAUCUGUCAGCAGUCGACCUGGCGUUGGCAGAUGACUCUGCCUUGGCAAAAGUUGGAUCAGAACUGGUGAUGCUGUUCACAAAAGGAGACUCACUGGACGUUCUCCUGAAGAACGACGAGUUCAUCACCAGUCCUUUAAUACGGUGGCGUGUCCGGCAUGAUUUGCUCGAGAAAGACGAGAGCGUACGGCAAGUUGCAAGGUGGCUCGCAGACUCCGCCGUCAUCGCAGACAUCAAGGAUGAAGGCUCUCGGCAGUGGCUAGCAAAGAUAGUAUCAGAUGAGAAUCAUCUGAUGAGACCAGGAGCAGAGUGGAUGGCUCAUCGUCUGCUGCAGCAACCACAUUUCAGGCCCUUCACGCGGGAUGCGUUCCUGUUUAUAUUGGCGUUCUUGAAUAAGAUCAAAGGAAAUGGCCAUGUCCCAGAGGUGACAUACACACCUACGUUAGAAGAGAUUAACGAAGUUGAGAGCUGGUGUGCUAGCGUACUAGGUGAGGACGUGAAGAAGCGAAGCUCCCUUUGGCACGUUCAGCUAGGUAUUCUCUCCCAGUACUUCAAGUACAGAGCAGAAGCUGAAUCUCGAGCUCGCCACGCUCUUGCUCUCGACUCGAAUGAUUUCCGAGCAAGUACACUGCUCGCCGAAAUCAUUGGCCCGGCAGAGGGAAUCGACUUGCUCGAAUCCGCGGCGAGGAACCUUGAAUAUGACCAAGAAUGGACAAAGGGUGCUUUCAACCGCAUGGAGCUCGCCAAGAUGCUAAACACGCUGGGAGUGUUAUACUGGAAGAACAAGCUAUACAAUCAAACGGUGGCCGUCUGUCGGCGAGCACUGAUUUUUGAUUUCACCGACUACUAUCGUGUCUUUGAGAUCAUGCAGAUGUACUCCAAGCAGGGUCGUUGGGGGGACAUCGUGGACUUACUGGAAGUCAUUCGUGAUCACUCUACGGAAGUGAACAAUCUAGGCGAGAUGGUGGAGGUGUUCGCAGAGCGCCCAUACUUCCAUUCCUUCCUUUUGAAGGUCAUCCAGGAAACUGAGCGAAUCGACCUGCUUGACGCUAUGUACGAGAUUUCGAUUGCUCGUCUCAAAUACACGGAACAAUACGUCCAAUUGUGCCACGUCCGUUGCGCAUACGGAGAAGCGCUCUAUGGGGUUCCCAACCGACGCGCGGAAGCGAUCAAGCAGUGGGAGCAAGCAAUUCAACAAGACCUCCCAAGAGGGAAUAAGUACAGUCUUCUCCCACAGCUGAUCAGCAAACUUGGUCCAAUCUAUGUCGACAUGGCAGAGCGCGCAGAUAAUCCAUCCCUGUACCUUCAGAAAAUAUCCUCGCUAGUCCCCGACAGUAUCUCCGAAACGGCCUCAUUCGUAGGCCCCCAGAUAUACCUCGCUCGGUACUGGUAUGGUCAGGGGGACCAUAUCCAGGCCAAGCAGAUGGUGCGGGAGACAGUGCAGCAGGCGCUUGAUCUGUUGUGCGAUGAGGACGCGGAAAACGAUGCAUUUGCGUUUCAACGGCUACUGUCUGUGUUUGUGCCGCUCGGCGACAACAAGAAUACGGAAGUCUGUGUGCAAAUGCUAGCGAGAAUUGGUGGGAAGGUGCUCUGCGACGGUGAUUGCGGUCACAUCUGGGGUUACGGCGAGGGUAUGUGGUGGUGUCGUGACUGUGUCAAUACGAACUUCAACGGGGCUUGUUAUCAGAAGCUGUGUGAGGGAGAGUUCAAGUUCAGUGUGUGUCAUCGAGGGCACGAGUUCUUCUACAUCAGGGCGCAGGAAAGCAGAAUGAAAGUAGACGUGAUAGACGAACAGUGGAUAGCGAAGAUUCGGAGGGAGUACCUAGGCGUCUCGUGACAAAAGAAAGAGGACAAAAAAGGAGGACUGAGCAGCCGUCAUACCUACAUUGCUGAGUAGGACAGGUCCCGCAAUUACAGAAAAGGAGCAGU